GCGGCGGGGACCUGGCCCGCUUCUACACGGUGACCGAGCCGCGGCGGCACCCCCGCGGGCACACCGUCUACAAGGUCACGGCGCGGAUUGUUUCAAGAAAAAAUCCAGAGGAUGUCCAGGAGUCUCGUACCACAGUUGAGGAGAACCUGGAUAGUUGAUGAAAGAAGAGCCCAUAAGUGAAUUCAUUGCAUCUCUGUAUGGUCAAACAUGAGUUACUGAUUAGUGGCUUGGCAGAGAUAGUCGUUUGGAAGAGAUACAGUGACUUUAAGAAACUGCACAAAGAACUCUGGCAAAUUCAUAAAAACCUAUGCAGACACACAGAACUCUUUCCACCUUUUGCCAAAGCCAUAGUGUUUGGGCGAUUUGAUGAAACUGUGAUUGAAGAAAGAAGGCAAUGUGCUGAAGAUUUGCUGCAGUUUUCUGCUAAUAUCCCUGCUCUCUAUAACAGCAAACAGCUUGAAGAGUUUUUUAAGGGUGGAGAGGUUCAUGAUGGGUCUGAACUGAUUGGUCCUGUUGAGCCUGCGUCCGACUCUCUGACUGACAACCUGUCUGACUGCAGCUCUGAGGUUCGGAAGGAUUUAAGUGGGCUCGAUGAUGUGACACUUACAAGCCAAUCGGAAUGUGGAGGCUUCUCCAGUGACAGUGACCUGAUCUCUCUGACAGUUGAUGUAGACUCUCUUGCUGAGUUAGAUGAUGGAAUGGCAUCCAACCAAAGUUCUCCCAGUAGAGCUGUUGGCUUUUGCCUUUCUUCUGAGCCCCCAGUACAAAGAACGGUGGCAUCCGAGCAGGAGUGGACCAAACCCGAAGGAGAGAAGGAAAGCCAUAGUCUGUUUACUGGAAGCUUAAAACCCAAAUCUGGCAAACAAGAUUACUUGGAGAAAGCAGGCGAGUUGAUAAAGCUGGCCUUGAAGAAGGAGGAGGAAGAAGAUUAUGAAUCUGCCUUCAGCUUUUAUAGGAAGGGUGUUGAUCUGCUUCUGGAAGGUGUACAAGGUGAAUCAAGUCCAACUCGUCGAGAAGGAGUGAAAAGGAAGACAGCAGAAUACCUUAUGCGUGCUGAAAAAAUUUCCAGUCUCUACCAUAAAUCCUCUGAAGAUGCAUCUGUUUCUACGCCUCCAGGAUCACUAAGUUCAAGGCCCUCUUGGAACCUAAGGAGCCCUGCCGAGGAACUGAAGGCCUUCAGAGUCCUUGGGGUGAUUGACAAGGUUUUGCUUGUAAUGGACACGAGAACACAGCAGACUUUUAUACUGAAGGGUCUAAGGAAAAGUAGUGAGUACAGCAGGAGCAGAACGACCAUCAUCCCCCGCUGUGUGCCCAACAUGGUGUGUCUGCACAAGUACAUCAUCUCCGAGGAGUCUGUCUUUCUCGUGUUACAGCAUGCAGAAGGAGGAAAACUGUGGUCUUAUGUCAGUAAGUUCUUAAACAGAAGCCCUGAAGAGAGCUUUGAAAUCCCUGAACCCCAAACAUGCAGUUCAACUAAAAUUCACCUGGAGCGGCCAACGCCUAGUCCUAAAGAAAUCGGUAGCAGCACUGAUUCCAGAGAAAGCUAUGGGGAGCACAUGCUGAAGGUGAUCCCGCUGAAGAGCAGCCUAACGCCGAGCUCUCAGGACGACAGCAGCAACCAGGAAGAUGGCCAGGAGAGUUCCAAGUGGAUGGACUCAGCAUCCAGCUCAGAAGAAGAGUGCACUACUAGUUAUUUAACGUUAUGCAACGAAUAUGGGCAAGAAAAAAUUGAUUCUGGCUCUUUAAAUGAGGAACCUGUGGUUAAACUGGAGAAUGAAGGUCUGAAUACCAAAGAGAGAAGUUCCUCGCAGAAAUGCACUGUUGUUGGCAGUGAUAGCUUCAGCUCUCAGAUUCCAUCUCAGGAACUAAAGCUUUUCAUUGACGAUGCUGAAUCAGAAAUACCCAGUCCUACUAGGAUAUUGGACUCGCUAACUAAAUCGAAGAACAGCCCCAUGGAACUCUUCAGAAUAGACAGCAAAGAUAGCGCUAGUGAGCUUCUGGGGCUUGAUUUUGGAGAAAAAUUGUAUAACCUGAAAUCAGAACCUUUGAAGCCAUUGUUUCCUGUCUCAGGUCAUGACAGAAGCUUGGAUGCUCUGGAGAGCAAAAUGACUGUGAAAGCUCAUGACACCAUAAGCAGGGGUUCAAACGACUCUGUGCCAGUUAUCUCCUUUAAGGAUGCUGCUUCUGAUGAUGUAAGUAGUGUUGAUGAAGGAAGGCCUGAUCUUCUAAUAAACUUACCUGGCAUGUCUGAUGAAACAGAGGAGGCGGCAGUGUCAAGGCCAGCAAAGUUUACAAAAACCGAUAUGGACAUCUUGGAAGUAAAAUUAUUAGAAACGCCUGAUGUCUUACAAUUGAAUAAUUCCACAGAGCAAUGCAAAGCAUUUGAUCAAGAGCCAGAUCAUGUGGCACCAGAACUGGGUGAUCCUUCCCACAGGGAAGUGAAUGGACAAAGCGGUGUCACGCAAGGAGCUCUUGGGACCCUCUGUACUUCUGACCAAGAGGUAGGUAGUUCAGAAGAUGGGGCUCUAUUGCAAGGGCCUGGAGCCUGCUCCUUAAAAGUGGCAAGCAAAGAAGAAAGUUUGUUUGUUUCCAACCUGCUCUCAGGUGCUCAAGAUGUUAGCUCGGAUGGAGAUACGAUAAGAAAUGAAGCAGUGUUGCUGUUUUCUGAUCAAACUGAAGACUUUGGGAAAGAGGAAGCAAACCUGGCUUUGUUACCAGCAGCUGAAAGCGAAAAGACAGCACCAAAGGGGGAAGACGAAAUAGCAGUAGCAGGGGAGAAGGAAAUACAUCAAAUUUUUCAGGACCUCGACGAAAGAUUAGCGAUAACCUCCAGGUUUUACAUCCCAGAGGACUGCAUUCAAAGAUGGGCGGCUGAAAUGGUUGUAGCCCUUGAUGCUUUACAUAGAGAAGGAAUUGUGUGCCGCGAUUUGAACCCAAACAACAUCUUAUUGAAUGAUAGAGGACACAUUCAGCUAACGUAUUUUAGCAGGUGGAGGGAGGUUGAAGAUUCCUGUGACAACGAUGCCAUAGAGAGAAUGUACUGUGCCCCAGAGGUUGGAGCUAUCCUAGAAGAGACAGAAGCCUGUGACUGGUGGAGCCUGGGUGCCAUUCUUUUUGAACUCCUCACUGGGAAGACUCUGGUUGAGUGCCAUCCAUCAGGAAUAAACACACACACUUCUUUGAGUAUACCAGACCAUGUAUCAAAGGAGGCCAGAUCACUGAUUCAGCAGCUUUUGCAGUUUAAUCCUGCGGAGCGUCUUGGUGCUGGCGUUGCUGGUGUUGAAGACAUCAAAUCUCAUCCAUUUUUUGCCCUCAUAGAAUGGGCAGACCUGGUGAGAUGAGAGAUGCGUGUGCCCUCUGAACAAACUCAGGUCAAGUGGACAGGUUUCUCUGGCACAGAAGUACCCUGACUUGCUUCCUUCGGACGUCCCAGCUCAUUUGGACAUUAUGACUAAAGGAUGCCGGACCAAUCAUGCCAAAAGCGAACACUUUUUAACAGGAAUCACUGAUUGUACAGGGUGCUAGCUUAUUUUUAUGGCAACUGGCUGCUACGUGUGUGUAAAUCUUUUCACCAAAGGGUGAUUUGUGAUGAAACUGCUGGGUAGCAUGUUUAGCACUGCCAGCUUGUCAACUAAGUAGAAACAGGAAUGCCCUCCUGGUGCUUUGUCUGGUGACGGAAGUGUCUAUAGAGUGUGCCAGUUGAAAAUAUCUUUUAUACUGUCAGUAGACCAUUUCGCUAUGCUAAGUGCAGCUGUGGCGGGGCAGGGGGAGGAAGGAACAAAUAAUUUAUUAAUGGUAUAUGCUGAAUAAAAUACUAAAAUGCUUUAUGCAAAACUUGACACAUUAAAAAUAAUAUAUCCAUUAAAAAUUAAGAAAGCUGUUGCAUAAUACUGUGGAAUGUGUCUUGAAAAUGGCAUAUCACUUCAAACCGUGGAAAGAGCAUAUAAAAGGCAAAUAAUCCUGUCAAAUGUUGUACUUUGUUGGCUGGCAAUGUCUGUUUAAAACUCUUGACUCCGUUAUAUUUGACGAGCUACAUGUUAAAGUCACUACAGAAAGGGAGCUCUUUUCCUCAGUCAGAUAACUGCUGCUUUUGCAAUCUAAUAAGGAGCAAGAAAACAUAAUGCUAAAUAAAUAUAUGGAU